AUGAAAUAUAAAUGCAAUGGAAAAAGACUUUAUCAUGCAAAAAGUUGCUCUUUCUUUAGCAAUACACCUUCAUUUAACUUGAAAGUGCAUUAUUGUAGCAUUCUAGAGAAGGAAGAGCUGAGAUUUCUAACUGUUCCCCCAUCUAAAUAUCUCGUCUUAGUCGAAAACGAAGAAAUCGAGAAAAAUGUUGCAUUUUUAAUGAAAAAUCCAAUUUCGGAAAUGGAUCUGAAAUGUAAUCGGAGUUUCAUAGUUUCACAAAUGAUUUUUAUUAAUUUUAUUUAUGAAGAAACUGAUGUUAUAAAUAAGCAGCAACAACAUGUUUACGCUGCCUUUCAGCAGCAGCACACGAAAACUUAUCAGCAUGAUGACAAUCAAGAAUCAGAAAUUAGAUUUAAGAUAUGA